ACCAAGCAGAGGUCAGCUCUUUAAGACAGCCCUACAGAGAAGAGCAGCACCGAUCACAGUAACACGAUCAUAAUAUCAAACGGACAAUGAUGGAUUCUCACUUCAGAGGCACCCUGUGGACGACACUCGUCCUGGUCACACUGCCACACCUCGCCUGCAACACGCUCUGCCCCAGCAGCUGCCAGUGUGCCUCUUUAGAUUCUGUCAUGUGUAGUGGCAACACCAUUACAGAUAUACCAAAGGAUUUGCCUGUCAAAACAUCCUUUCUGAUACUUAAUGACACAAACAUGAACGUCAUAAAUGAGCACAGCUUGGCAAACCGGGACCUCCUGUUGCGUUUCAGUCUGACGUACAGCCGCUUAGAUGCUGUCCAUCGCAGAGCCUUCCACGUUGCUCCGCAGCUCAAGUCUGUCAAGCUGUCGUUCAAUGAUCUCUCUUCCCUCCCUGCUCUGGUUUUCAGUCCGCUGACCACUCUGGAGCAGCUGCAUUUAGAUGGAAAUCAGUUGGAGACCAUAACGGCAGAUAUGUUUAAAGGAUUGGCUGGGUUGCUGGACCUAGACCUGAGCAAAAACCAACUGAGUAGUCUUGCUUCAGAUGUUUUCCAUGGACUGACCAACCUCAACUUUCUGAACCUUGGCAGGAACUCCAUAAAGAAGCUUCCACCAACCAUCUUUCACUCCUUGACUAAUCUUUCCGUGCUCAUGAUCUAUAACAACGAGCUAGAGGUGCUGGAAGCUGGAAUUUUUGAUGAACUUGUCAACCUUAAGGUGCUAAAACUCCAUCACAACAAGAUUACCAGCCUUCCACCUCAGGUGUUCUGGUCACUGAGGAACCUGACGAUCCUCUAUCUGUCCUCCAACCGACUUCAGGCUAUCCCGGAAAAGAGCUUCUACAACUUGCCCAAGAUGAGCAAGCUUACCAUUUUCAACAAUCCGCUAUUAUCUCUGCCAGACCAGCUAAUGGGUCACAUGCCUGACAUGAGGGACUUUUAUCUGAUUUACACUAGUCUCACCACUGUUCCUGGAAAUUUGUUCGCUAACAUGUCAGGACUCCAAAUACUUAACUUCCAUUUAAAUGACAAGCUGAGGGAGUUGCCCUCAGACCUCUUCUGCUGUCUUCCCAAGCUUGAGAAGCUUUCAUUGAGAUCAAACGACCUCUAUUAUCUACAUCCUCAACUGUUCUCCGAACUAACCAAUCUGCGCAUGCUGCUUCUCAAUUUCAAUAGACUGCAGAGUUUACCAGAUAACAUCUUUCAGGGCCUUAGAAAGGUUUUUUUUGUUGAUUUGAAGAAAAACCACCUAAAGACUCUUCCAGGAGAUAUUUUCUUGUCAAAUACCGCUAUGAAGGCUCUUAGUCUGAGUGGCAACCCCUGGGAAUGUACUUGUAGUAUUAGAGGUAUUGCAAAAUGGAUAAGACAUAAUGAGAAUGUUGUCCCUGACAGCCGGGAUGUGAUAUGUCAUAGUCCAGUAUACCAACAGCUCCGCACCCUUGCCUCUCUGCGUGAUGAGGAGUUCAACUUGUGCAAUGCCACGACACUCACGUCAAGUUAUUAUUUUACACACGAGCCAACGAAACCAUCGAACGCCAUUUCAACCAGCGGACAAACGUCAGUUGUAGCUUCAACAACCACACUUCCCACGACAACAUCAAUCACCACUCAAGGAGCUUCCCAACUAGUCACCAUCCCAACAACCACACUGCCCACGACAACACCAAUCACCACUCAAGGAGCUUCCCAACUAGUCACCAUCCCAACAACCACACUGCCCACGACAACAUCAACCACCACUCAAGGAGCUUCCCAACUAGUCACCAUCCCAACAACCACUCCAACUACCAAACCAUCUGCUUUACAUACCACGAUCCCACCUACAACUCUCCAAACUCCCACCACCACCCUGCCUAACAUUGAGUUUCUUGACAUUACUGAGAAUCCCUCGUCUCAUGACAUGUCACCUCAUUUCUAUGACACAUUGGUGGUUGAACAGGGGCCCGAGUUUGUUCACCACAACCAUAUCAUGGGCCGGGUGUACGUGUGGUUUCUGCCCUCGGAUGCGACAUUGACCGGGCUACUCAUGUUUUGUUACAUGCUUCUUGUGGCCGCAGGCUUGUUCCUCAUUUUUGUUGCCAUGUUUUGCAUGUAUCACCUCAACCAGACCAUAGAUGAGCUGAAGGCUGAGCUUGCACAUCCUCCAGGAUUAAUGGACCUGCCCCAGACCCUUCAUGUGCUCCUACUUCUCUGUUCUCUCAACGCUGUUGUUUGGGCUUGUCCAGAUGGAUGCAAAUGUCAAGGAAGCAAAAUCCUCUGCAACGGCCUCUCAGACUUCCCCACAACUGUGCCUUCAUCUACCACCGCCCUCUACUUCUCCAAUUGCAGUAUCCACUUCCUGAAACCAGAGGACUUGACUGAUUUCUCUGAUGCCCUGAGCGUCUUUGUGAUUAAAGACACUGUUUUAAGGGAAGUGCACACUGGCACAUUUGAUUCCACUCCGAAUAUAGCUGCCUUAGGGUUUACUACCACCGAACUGCAAGAUCUCCCUGAGGCCUUGUUCCAAAAUCUUCAGAAGCUUGAGUCUCUGCAUCUAAAGAGCAACAGGCUCCUGUUACUCCGCCCUAACUGGUUUUCCAUGUUGGCACAGCUGAAAAGCCUUGACCUCAGUAAGAACCUUUUCACUUCUGUACCUGUGGAAACUUUUCACCCUCUUACUGAGCUGCAUUACCUUUUUCUCUCUGGAAACAAUAUAAGUCAACUACCUAGAGAAACAUUCAAGGGUCUUUCUAAGCUGAAAACCUUACGCCUUAACAAAAACUCGCUACAGGAACUCCCCCUUGGCAGUUUGGAUGACCUUGGAGACCUGGAGGAACUAUCCCUACAUGACAAUCUAAUCACUCACCUCCACCAUGACCUGUUCUCCAAGACUUUGAAACUCCAGAAGCUGUUCCUCUCCAACAACAGGCUCACAUCUCUUCCAGAAGGGAUCUUCUUAAACCUGCCCGUCCUUUCCCAGAUCUCCCUGUAUGAAAACCAGCUGGAGAGUCUGGGGCCAGGAGUGUUUGGGCCCAUGGCCCUGCAGGAGUUGUGGCUGUAUGACAACAGGCUGAGUCGUGUGGAGGAUGACACAUUCAGGAACCUGACUCAGUUACGUCUCCUGGUGCUCAGUCGCAACCACAUCAGCUCUGUAUCCAUCAAGGCCUUUGGAGGGUUGGAGCAGCUCGGAGAAGUAUCACUUCACACCAAUCAGCUCACAACCCUGCAAGCUGGGACUUUCCAGGGUCUGCCCAGACUGGUCAACAUUUCCUUGGAGCACAACGUCAUCAGCGCUCUCCCUUUGGGUUUUCUCCACGGCGUGAGCAACCUGGGACAGAUAGACCUGCAAAAUAACUCCCUUCACAACCUGCCACAGGAGAGUCUAGAUGCCCUCACUGCAGCAAAGGAAGUUGUCUUGCAGCAGAACCCCUGGAGGUGUGACAAGGAUAUUCUCCCACUUAGAGACUGGCUGACAAAGCACCCAUCCAAGGCCAACCAAACUCUUGUUGUGUGUGAAACACCUUUCAAUCUGAACGGUGAGGUAAUUGCUCUGCUGGCAGAUGAGAACUUCCUGCCUCUCAGCCCUACAGAGGAGCCUGUGUUGACCUCAACUGAGAAGAGGCGGAAACCCCACACUCCUCCAACGAGACAAAGCACUUCCUCCCCUGCAGUCAAGACCAUCCCCACCUCAGAGCAUGUGGAGGUCACCAGCGGUGGACAAGGGGAGAAGGGAACAGUUUCUAAUGAUUCUUCAAUCAUCCUCAUUGUCAUCGCAGUAGUGGCCACUCUCAUCAUCAGCACUUUCAUUAUCAGCUGUUUGUGCUGGAGGAAGAACAAGAAAGGAAGGGGAAAUAUCGGCCGCAGAAAUAAGAACUCUGUGCUAAUAAGCAUGUCAAGAGGAGAAAUCAUCGUUCUUUUUCUGUCUUUACUGUUGGAUUCUUCAUCGACUCAAAACAUAGAAUGUUUAAAAGAGACAGACUGCCCCAAAGAAAACCAGGUUGUUUUCAGUUCAUCUACGACAGAAAUCCCACACUUCCUGAAACCAGGUGUGACAGAGGUUUUCUUUGUGGAAAGCCAGAUUGAAACAAUCCCCAAGGCAGCCUUUGUUAAAAGCCCACAGCUUGUAAAGGUGGAGUUUAUGAACACCAUCACGACAUCUAUUGAACCGGGAGCUUUUGAAGGUUUGGUAGACCUCAAACAAAUCGAGAUCUCCAGCACUCCAUUAAUGUCGAUCCCAGUGGGAGUCUUUAAAAACCUCAGCAACCUGGAGCAAAUUACACUAAAGUUAAACAAGAUCCGUAGUCUGGAGAAAGGCUUGUUUAAUGGCGUUGAAAAAGUAAGAGAGCUCCUGUUACAUGGGAACGAGAUCGCAUCGAUUGAAGACGGGACCUUUGAUGGUCUCGAGAAUCUUAUAAUGCUACAUUUAGCUAAAAACAAGCUCUCUGCUGUAUCUGCAGACUGGUUCUCAAACCUAAACAAACUGCAGGUACUACGGCUGUACGAGAAUCAGCUGACCACCAUUCCUGAGGAGAUUUUUCAAAAUUUACCAAACUUGAAGGAAAUUGGCUUGCAAAAAAACAAAAUAUCAGAAUUGUCACCUAACCUAUUUCCACAUAAAGACAAACUAAAUAGACUGUAUUUGGAAAGUAAUUGUCUGACUGGUUUACCUCAUGGAUUCUUCGUUGGCUUCUCUCAGCUUAAAAUGUUGACCCUACAGAAGAAUGAAUUAACAAGUCUACCACCUGUGCUUUUUGGAGAAAUGCCUAAAUUGACAGAUUUAAGCCUGAGUCAAAACAAUCUCAGCACUCUUCCUAAAGGAAUAUUCAGCCCUCUGAAGAAACUCAAGAAGUUAGAUCUGUCUAAAAAUCAGUUUGUCACUCUGUAUCCUGAGUACUUUGAAGGCCCUGAGAUGCUCACAGAACUGAAUCUACUGAACAACAAAAUAAAGUCGCUGGACGAAGAUGUGUUUGAAAAGCUACACUCACUGGUCACACUCAAGCUAUCUUUCAACGACCUUCAGACGCUUCCAGGGGAUAUUUUUAAUCCUUUAACAAAACUGAAAAAACUUUACCUCAAUGACAAUCCUUGGCGUUGUGACUGUAAUCUGAUAGAUCUUCACCUCUGGAUGAAGGCGAACUCUGACAAGAUUAUGUCUCCUGUUUUCUGUGAGUAUCCAGAAGAUCGAAAAGGGCAGAAAAUCAUAACAUUAACUGAGGAUCAAUUUAUUUGCCACACCCUUCCCCCCACAACCCCCACCCCAACCACAACUACUACAACCCUCCCAACCACAGAACAAACUACCACCAUUAUUACUACCACAACACCAACCACCACUUUACCAACCAGCACAACCACCACUACACUCUCAACCCCAGAACCAAUUACCACCAUCGUUACUACCACAACACCAACAACCACCAUGCCAACUACAACUACAACUACAACAACCACUCCUGUCUUCACCACGCCACUAGCCACAACAACCACAACAAUACCAACAACUACGAUUCUGCCAACAACCACACCCACACCCACAACCACGACAACCACGACAACAACCACAACGACUAUAACAACAACUUCACCUACGCCGGCAACAACAACCACACCCACAACUACUAGAACGACAACUGUACCCACGACAACAACCACACCCACGACCACUAUUACCACAACUAUACCUUCAACAACUAUGCCCACAACCACUAUUACCACAACUACACCUUCAACAACUAUGCCCACAACCACUAUUACCACAACUAUACCUUCAACAACUAUGCCCACAACCACUAUUACCACAACUACACCUUCAACAACUAUGCCCACAACCACUAUUACCACAACUAUACCUUCAACAACUAUGCCCACAACCACUAUUACCACAACUACACCUUCAACAACUAUGCCCACAACCACUAUUACCACAACUACACCUUCAACAACUAUGCCCACAACCACUAUUACCACAACUAUACCUUCAACAACUAUGCCCACAACCACUAUUACCACAACUACACCUUCAACAACUAUGCCCACAACCACUAUUACCACAACUACACCUUCAACAACUAUGCCCACAACCACUAUUACCACAACUACACCUUCAACAACUAUGCCCACAACCACUAUUACCACAACUACACCUUCAACAACUAUGCCCACAACCACUAUUACCACAACUAUACCUUCAACAACUAUGCCCACAACCACUAUUACCACAACUACACCUUCAACAACUAUGCCCACAACCACUAUUACCACAACUACACCUUCAACAACUAUGCCCACAACCACUAUUACCACAACUACACCUUCAACAACUAUGCCCACAACCACUAUUACCACAACUACACCUUCAACAACUAUGCCCACAACCACUAUUACCACAACUACACCUUCAACAACUAUGCCCACAACCACUAUUACCACAACUACACCUUCAACAACUAUGCCCACAACCACUAUUACCACAACUACACCUUCAACAACUAUGCCCACAACCACUAUUACCACAACUAUACCUUCAACAACUAUGCCCACAACCACUAUUACCACAACUACACCUUCAACAACGAUGCCAACAACCAUCCCCCUUACGACUAUCCGACCAACUACCUGCCAAACAACGACGCCUCCUCCACAAACCACUCCAGUGAUCUUAACCAUGGAGCCGGUUACUCAGGAACCAUCGCCCUCCGUCAUGUAUCAAUACAGAAACAAAUUUCAGAGGUGCAAAUCUCAGAUGAUGAUCUACACCGCGCUGCUGGUGGUGGAGAUCACUUGCACACUGGUGCUGGGUAAGUUUACCCUGUCCCUUUACCGCCUACUGCAGUGUAGGGAGAAUAUGAACCAGAGGGUCGAACUCACACGCUUCUCCUACAGAAGGGAGGUCAUCCUCAGGCCUCUAUGAGGGGCAGAGACUGAUGAACUCUAAACAACAACUCACUUGUUUAAUGCCAAUGAUAGUAAAUGAGCACACAAGCAGCCAUAUGACCUGCCAAAGCAUAAAAUAAGAUAAGAUAUUGUACCCUUCUAUUUGCUUGUAUAAAGGCUAACAUGUAAUAUUAGCAACAAUUGUGAUAUAUUAUCAAUAAAAGUAAUGAUAUACAUUCCCAAUAUUAUCAUAUUGAUGAUCACAUGCUUUUUAGCAAGAUGUGCAUAGCAUGUGGAUAUGUCUCAUCUGGAAUUUCUUUGGCUGUAAAGGAUUUCUGAAAAAAAUAUAUAUAUAUAUAGGUAAUCAUAAUAAUGUGUUAUACGCACAAUGCAUCGUAAAAUGAUUAAAAACCGUCUUCCUGGAAA